AGAGAGAGAGAGAGAGAGAGAGAGAGAGAGAGAGAGAGAGAGAGAGAGAUGGGUUCCAUUGGAGUACUGGAAGAGAAGAAGCCUCAUGUGGUUUGCAUGCCAUUCCCAGUACAGGGCCACAUAAACCCCAUGCUCAAGGUGGCAAAGCUUCUUCACCACAGAGGUUUCCACAUCUCCUUCGUCAAUACAGAAUUCAAUCACAAACGUCUACUCAAAUCAAGAGGCCCUGAUUCUCUCAAGGGCUUACCUGACUUCCAAUUCCAUACUAUCCCGGACGGUCUCCCACCACCUGAUAUUGAUAUUGAUGCCACCCAAUCCAUCCCGGCCCUCUGCCACUCUACCAGCACCACUUGCUUAAUUUCUUUCCGAAACCUUCUCUCCAAACUCAACUCCUCCACACCCGACAUCCCUCCCGUCACUUGCAUAGUCUCUGAUGGUGUCAUGAGCUUCACUCUUCAAGCUGCUGAGGAAAUUGGUGUCCCUGAAGUACUGUUCUGGACCACCAGCGCCUGCGGCUUCUUGGCUUACAUGCACUAUCCCCAUCUCAUGGAAAGAGGCCUUACACCUCUCAAAGAUGUGAGCUACCUAUCGAAUGGAUUCUUGGACACUCCUUUGGAUUGGAUCCCAGGAAUGAAUGGUAUCCGUCUCAGGGAUAUUCCAACUUUUGUUCGAACUACCAAUCCUGAUGAUUUCAUUCUCGGCUUUAUCAAGGGAGAAGUGAGGAGAUCUUACAAAGCUUCGGCAAUAAUUUUAAAUACCUUUGAUGUCCUUGAGAAAGAUGUCGUGGAUUCGCUAUCGAAGAUGUUGCCUUGCGUUUACACCAUCGGCCCUCUCCCCCUGAUGUUGGAUCAGAUUAAAGAUGAGAGUUUGAUGAAGUCUAUUGGGUCAAAUCUAUGGAAAGAAGAACCUGGGUGUCUUGAAUGGCUUGAUUCCAAAGAACCCAGUUCAGUGGUUUAUGUGAACUUUGGGAGCAUCACUGUAAUGACUCCUCAGCAACUCGUUGAGUUCGCAUGGGGGCUAGCCAAUAGCGAGCACACCUUCUUGUGGGUCAUAAGGCCCGAUCUUGUGGCGGGUGACUCGGCUGUUCUGUCAUCUGAGUUCUUGAGUCAAACCAAAGAGAGAGGAAUGUUGGCAAAUUGGUGCCCACAGGAGAAAGUGCUGAGCCACCCAGCCAUAGGUGGUUUCUUAACCCACAGUGGGUGGAACUCCACUCUCGAAAGCAUUUGUUGUGGUGUGCCUAUUGUUUGUUGGCCAUUCUUUGCAGAGCAGCAAACAAACUGCAGAUACUCCUGCACUCAUUGGGGGAUCGGUGCAGAGAUUGACAAUAAUGUUAAGAGAGAUGAUGUCGAGAGGCUGGUGAGAGAGUUGAUGGAGGGAGAAAAGGGUAAAGAGAUGAAGACUAAGGCCAUGGUGUGGAAGAAGAAAGCAGAGGAGGCCACCGGUCCUGUUGGCUCUUCUCUCCUCAAUUUUGACAAUAUGGUCAACAAAAUACUCCUUUCCACUCGAAAUUAAUUAGCACAAUUCGCCAAAGCCUUAC